CUGAUCGCUCCCUUGGUCGCCAAGCCGACGUUCCCGUUUCCAAUUGGCCAGACCUUGGGGGUCCGUAGCCACUUUGGCUCAAGCACUCCCUCGCGAGGCCGAGGCAUCCUCUACUUCUGGUGCAGCGCGCGGCGUGCCGAGCGCCUGCCAGAGCCCCAGACGGCAUGUCCUGCCUCGAGGGCCCCAUGACGGGGGGGAAGAAGAGACAGUGCCUGAUCUACGACGACAUCACCAGGACCGGUGGGCUGCACGCCGGUCGUGAAGAUCAACAAGUUGGCGCCCGAGGGCGUGGAGAUAUAUGCGAAGCUGGAGUACUUCAACCCGCUCGGCUCGGUGAAGGAUCGCCUAGCCAACGGCAUCAUCGAAGACGGCGAGGACAAGGGUCUGCUGAAACCAGGCGAGUCGACCGUGAUUGAGGCGACCAGCGGCAACACUGGCAUCGCUCUCGCAAUGGUGUGUGCACAGCGCAGGUACAAAUUUCUGGCCGUCAUGGCCGCCUCUUUCUCCGUCGAGCGCCGCAAGGUCAUGCGCGCCCUCGGCGCGAAGGUGAUUGCCACGCCUGCGGCACUCGGAGGUACGGGCAUGGUGAAGAAAGCAGAGGAGUUGGCCGAGAAGCACGGCUGGUACCUCGCCAGGCAGUUCGAGACGGACGCGAACGCGGCCUACCACGAGAAGACGACGGGGCCCGAGAUCCUGGAAGCUUUCCAGGGCAAGAAGCUCGACUACUGGGUCACGGGCUAUGGCACCGGCGGCACCUUCACGGGGGCCGGAAGGGCUCUGAAGAAGGCUCUCCCGAACAUCAAGGUCGUCCUGUCGGAGCCCGACAUGGCCCCGCUGGUCACGAGCGGCGUGGAGCAGGACCGAAAGGAGGUCAUGGGGCUGUUCGGCGCCCCCGCGGGAGCGCACCCCGCCUGGAAGCCGCACCCGAUCCAGGGCUGGACGCCGAACUUCAUCCCGAAGGUCUACGACGCAGGCCUGAAGGCGAAGACUCACGACUCCAUCGAGCUCGUCUCCGGCUAGGAAGGCAUCGACACUGCGCUGAAGCUCAUGAGGGAGGAGGGCAUCUUCUGCGGCACCAGCGGCGGAGCCACGAUGGCCGCUGCGCUGAAGGUCUGCGCAAAGGCCCCCAAGGGCUCCGUCGUCCUGUGCAUGAUCCCGAACAUCGCAGAGCGCUACCUCUCGACGCCUCUCUUUGCGGAGGCCGAGGAGAAGAUGACCGCGGAGGAGAUCGAGCUCGGGAAGAGCACCGAGACGAAGUCUGAAUUCUGAUCGCGGCCGACAACAGCUGAGUACGCCGCGGCUGCUCCCGCCAGUCCAAUUCCGAAUUCCCCUGCCUUUGCCCGCUCCUCCGUCCCCCCACCGAGGGGGGGGGAGGGAGUACAUUGGGGGUGCAAAGGCGAUCGGGUGCCGACCUGGAGCGAACACCGCCAAUGCUACCAGCCGAAGCGCUGGCAGCUCGUGCCCCUUCGGAGUUCGGCGCGAGCUUCCCUCGGAUUGUCAGCGCGCUCUGCGCACACCUACAGCGGAUCGCAGUGGUUUAUUUCAAGCGUGUCGUAAUUUUAUACUGCACGAUCUGUAUGAGGUUUUGGCCCGCUUGAUCGCCGAGGGGCAA